AUUUACCGCGUGGAUAUUUUUCGAGUGAUUGGCAGCUUUACAGUGGCCAAGGUAACCGCCCGGCCGAGCAAACGGUUGCGUAUCGUCAGCUUUUGUUUGUCGAUGGAGUUUCCCAUUUUCAUUGUUACGAAUGGAAAUUAUGUCGAGACGUGCUCGACUCGUAUAUCGAGUGCGUGUUAUUUAUUUUCUCUGAUAUUAAGAUAGAAGUGCUGCUUCCAAAGACAGGCUGUGGUCUUUCGUCAUAUUCAAAGUGACUAUAGUCACUUUGGUCAUAUUAUGCGGUAGAAUAAGGUACGUUUGGGUUGCGAGAUUUCUCAAAAACGACGACACAGAAAUCCACGAAAAUGGCAGAUGCUGAGUGUAAAAUUGAAUUGCCUUUAAUUGAUGCAAUGGAUAGAUUACCUGAAAAGUCGUUUGAUAUAGAAGCAGUCAAAGAUUGCAUUUUAUAUGACAUGGAUCGGAAGCCCGUUUAUUUUGCUGACCUUAUUGACCCCAAAUAUUCUUCAAUUAUAUUUGUUUUUAUACGUCAUUUUUUGGACUACGUCACUCGAGAGUAUGUUGAAGAUUUUUCAAAAAUAUUCCCUUAUACCCUGGAAGAAAGUCGGACAAAAAUCAUAUUAAUAGGCUGUGCACCAGCAAGAUUUAUUCGCCAAUUCAUAGAAGAUACAAGUUGCCCUCAUCAAAUAUAUUGUGAUUCGAGUAGGGCAAUACAUACUUGCUUGGGAUUUCACACAGUGCCAGUUGAAACUCCAGUUGCACAAAGUCCUCAUAUAAAAUCUAAUUCAUUUAUUGGAUUUUGGCAAACUGUAUGGCGAGUAAUGAAAAGUCAGACAGAGCAAGGAUCGCCAUUUCAAAUGGGAGGACAACUGAUUAUGAAUAAUGAAGAGAAAAUAUUAUUUUUUCAUCGAGAUCGUCAUCCGCUUGAUCAUACUCCGAUUAACGAACUUUUAUCAGUCAUUGAUCUUCCUCGGAUCGACUUUUGCACAAAAUAUAAAAUUAAGCAUGUUUAGUAAGGCAUUCAUUCUUGAUUUUCAAUGCAGUUACACGCCCCUUUAUUUGAACUUUAUGUUUUAUACUUUUAGCAUAACUUCUAACCUCGGAAAUUUUACAUUAAUUUUUAGAGGUAAAAUUUGGAAACUGUUUAGCUUGCUGCAGAUAAUUAUAAAUUAUGUUUUUGCAAUAUGUUAAACCUUUUGAUUUGUUCUUAUUUUCAUGGAUUUGAAACUUGCAGAUCCUUUUCCAUGUGACUCCUAAUACACUGAAUAUUUAAAUUUAUAGAUUUGACAUGGACUCUCCACUGUGAUCGGGACUACAUAAUAAAUUAUCAAAUA